AUGGCUGUGAAGACUGAUUGUGUUAACACUUCGUCUGGUGUUCAGCAUAUAGUGGUGAAUCAGUGUUGCCUAAAGGAGUGGAUGUGUGAGCAGCUGACAGAACGAGGAAGGGGAUUUAACUGCCGAGGCGGCGCGCGAGAAGAGAAAGUGAUGAUUGAACCAAAUGAAGCAAUGUCAGAGAAGGAAGUCUCUUCAAAAAAUAUUGAAAAUACAGCUUCUUUAAGGAAUGCUGAAAAUAGAGUAUCUUCAAAGUGUAUUGAAAAUAAAGAUACAGAAACGAAUCUACAGUCUAAGCUAUGGUCAUCUUCCUUCUUAAAGGAAAGCACAGGCCAAGUGAGCAAAGAUGCAGUCCUUGCAGCGCAGGAGAAAAAUAAUGAACAUCGCCCUCAGGAUAUUGAUGAUAAGUUGUCUAAAUCAAUGGACGAUGAUGGUGAAGAUGAUACCAAUGAUGAAGAUAAUGAUGAAGACAGUAACCCUAAUAAGGAUACUCAUGCCCCAUUAGAAUUAAUGGCAGAAUCUGAAAUGGGCUAAGACUACCAUUUGGCAAAAAAAUUAUGUCAGGUGAUCCUAAUCUAUGAACCAGAAAAUCAUGAGGCCAAGGAGUUUUUCUCACUUAUUGAAGAAAUGUUGCUGAUGGAGAAAUCCCAAAAUCUUGAGAAAGAUGAUGAAGAUAGUGAAGAAGAUAGUAGCGGUGAGAGUGAAGGAGAAAGCAGUGAGGAGCUAAGUGAAGAAAGCUCUGAUGAAUGUGAAGACGGGUGAUGAAA